AUGGCUUCAGGUAUUCCCGAGGCUGACCUGCUCAGCUUCCGUGAACAUCUCAAGAAAUCAAAGCGUAUCCUGGCCCUAGUUGGUGCCGGCCUCUCUGCAGCGUCUGGCCUGCCUACCUUCCGUGGGGUCGGCGGAUUGUGGCGCUCUCACCGGGCGCCAGACCUGGCAACUCCAGAGGCAUUUGGUGUUGACCCAGGGCUCGUGUGGCAGUUCUACAGCUACAGACGGCAUAUGUCCCUGGUGGCUCAUCCCAAUAGAGGACACUAUGCCCUCGCAGCGUUGGCCAGGAAAAUCCCCCAGUUCUGGACUCUGACUCAGAAUGUCGAUGGUCUAUCGGAACGAGCUGAUCACCCUGAAUCUCAGCUCCACCGUCUUCACGGCUCUUUGUUUACCGUGAAGUGCGCUUCAGAGUACUGCACCUACUCUCGAGACAACGAUUUCCAAGACCCGCUUGUCCCCUGUCUUGCAAUCCCUAAGGCAGGUCCGCAGCUGAACCCAUCUACAGAUGAUAAAACUGGUGAACAGGCUGCCAAAGCCAUCCAUGCUGCUCUGGAUGAGAAAAUCUUCUCUUCUGGAGGUGAAGAUUUGGACAUUUCAGAUGCAAAUGUUCCUAUCCCUAGUCUCACAGAAGACGAUCUCCCGCAUUGCCCGAAAUGCUCAACCGGGCUUCUACGGCCUGGGGUAGUCUGGUUCGGCGAGGAGCUUCCUAAUGAUACACUGGACAGUAUAGAUAUUUUCCUCGAUGAGGGCCCGGUUGAUCUAGUCCUGGUCAUCGGUACAAGUGCCCAGGUAUUCCCAGCCGCGUUAUAUAUUGAAGAAGGCCGAGAUAGAGGAGCUCGUGUUGCUGUGAUUAAUAUGGAUGCCACUCACCUCCCCAAGGGGGGCCUGGAGCCAACUGACUGGCUCUUCCAAGGUGAUUCAAGCGUCAUACUUCCAGAGAUAUUGAAAGAUGUGAUCGGUGAAAUUUGA